GGUGAAGGCGACUGACGGUCUGAGAGCGAGCGAGUGAAGAGAGAGAAGGGCUCGGAUUGUAACGUCCAGCCGUCCUGACUCUCACUGGAAUAAUCUGAACAAAUGGUCUGAAAGGAUAAGACAUCUAAGAAAUUGGAAGCCGGUCUCUGUGCAUGUGUUUGGGAUGAAGCACCUGUGGGACGUUCCCUUCCUCCUGCUCAUCCUCCUCUACUUGUUAGCAGCCGUCACAUCACAGGUCAACCCAGGUGUGUGCCGGUAUCCUCUGGGCAUGUCAGGAGGGCAGAUACAGGACGAGGACAUCUCUGCCUCCAGCCAGUGGUCCGAAUCCACCGCUGCUAGAUAUGGCAGGUUGGACUUUGAGGAAGGCGAUGGCGCGUGGUGUCCAGAGAUAACAGUGGAGCCAGACAGCCUGAAGGAGUUUCUCCAGAUUGACCUGCGCUCGCUCCACUUCAUCACCCUUGUGGGCACCCAGGGUCGUCACGCAGGUGGUAUCGGCAAUGAGUUCUCCCAGAUGUACAAGAUUAAGUACAGCCGCGAUGGAAGCCGCUGGAUCUCGUGGAGAAACCGGCAGGGCAAGCAGGUGAUUGAAGGAAACAGGAAUGCGUACGACAUUGUCCUGAAGGACCUCGAGCCGCCCAUCAUCGCUCGCUAUGUCCGCUUCAUGCCCGUCACAGACCACUCCAUGAACGUCUGCAUGAGAGUGGAGCUCUACGGCUGUGAAUGGCUCGAUGGUCUUGUGUCGUACAACGCUCCAGCAGGAGAACAGAUGAGCUUGCCUGCUCCUCCUGCUUAUCUCAACGACUCUGUCUAUGACGGAGCUGUCAUCCACAGUAUGACAGAGGGCUUGGGCCAGCUGACUGAUGGAGUGUGUGGCCUGGAUGACUUUACGCACAGUCACGUCUACAAUGUGUGGCCCGGGUAUGACUACGUGGGUUGGACUAAUGAAAGUUUACCCAGUGGAUUUGUUGAAAUCAUGUUUGAGUUUGACCGCAUACGCAACUUCACCACCAUGAAGGUCCACUGCAACAACAUGUACUCACGGCACGUGAAGGCCUUCCGCCAGGUGGUGUGUUACUUCCGCUCUGAGGCAGACUGGGAGGCCACGCCCCUCUCCUUCAGCCCCGUGGAGGACGAGAAGAAUCCCAGCGCGCGCUUCAUCACCGUCAACCUGGCCAAUCACAUGGCCAGUGCCAUCAAGUGCCAGUUCUUCUUUGCUGAUGCCUGGAUGUUGUUCAGCGAGAUCACCUUCCAGUCAGAUACAGCCAUGUACAACACAACACUGGCUCCACCCAAGACAGCACUGCCACCUAACAUACAACCAGAGGAUGACCCCACCCACAAAGUAGAUGACAGCAACACCCGGAUUCUGAUUGGCUGUUUAGUGGCCAUCAUCUUCAUCCUUGUGGUCAUCAUUGUCAUCAUCUUGUGGAGGCAGGUGUGGCAGAAGAUGUUGGAGAAGGCCUCUCGCCGGAUGCUGGACGAUGAACUAACUGCUAGUUUGUCAAUACAGAGUGAGACGUUCGCCUACAACCACAACCAGUCGAGCACAAUCAGCGAGCAGGAGUCUAAUUCCACCUAUGAGCGCAUCUUCCCCCUCGGUCCAGACUACCAGGAGCCGUCACGCAUCAUAUGUAAACUGCCAGAGUUUGCUCAGAGCUCAGAGGAGCCUGCUUCUACCAGCACAGCAGCGUCAAAAUCCACGGCAACUACUGCAGUCCAAGAUGGCGCCCCUCACUACGCAGAGGCAGACAUUGUAAACCUGCAAGGCGUGACCGGAAGCAACACGUACGCCAUCCCUGCGCUAACUAUGGACCUGUUGUCAGGGAAGGACGUUGCAGUGGAGGAGUUCCCACGAAAGCUGCUCACAUUCAAAGAGAAGCUGGGAGAGGGCCAGUUUGGAGAGGUGCACCUGUGUGAAGCAGAGGGAAUGCAGGAGUUCAUGAAUAAAGAGUUUUUAUUUGACAUCCCAGAGGACCAGCCAGUUUUAGUGGCUGUGAAGAUGCUCCGGUCAGACGCCAGCAAAAAUGCGAGGAAUGACUUCCUGAAAGAGAUAAAGAUCAUGUCACGCUUGAAGGAUCCCAACAUCAUUCGCCUGCUAGCUGUGUGCAUCUACAGCGACCCUCUCUGUAUGAUCACAGAGUACAUGGAGAACGGAGAUCUCAACCAGUUCCUGUCCCGCCACGAACCCGAGGGACAACUCGCUCUGCUCAGCAAUGCACCUACUGUCAGCUUCAAUAAUCUGUGUUACAUGGCGGCUCAGAUAGCGUCGGGGAUGAAGUACCUCUCCUCGCUGAACUUUGUCCACCGAGACUUGGCCACGCGGAAUUGCCUGGUGGGCAAAAACUUUACGAUUAAGAUAGCUGACUUUGGUAUGAGCAGAAACCUGUACAGUGGUGACUACUACCGCAUCCAGGGCAGAGCGGUACUGCCGAUACGCUGGAUGUCAUGGGAGAGCAUCCUGCUGGGUAAGUUCACCACAGCUAGCGAUGUUUGGGCCUUUGGGGUGACCCUGUGGGAGAUACUUAACUUCUGCAAGGAGCAACCCUACUCUCAGCUCACGGAUGAGCAGGUGAUAGAAAACACAGGGGAGUUUUUCAGGGACCAGAAAAGACAGAUCUACCUGCCUCAGCCUGUGUUGUGUCCAGACUCGCUCUACAAGAUCAUGCUGAGCUGCUGGAGGAGGAACACAAAGGAACGGCCGUCCUUCCAGGAAAUACACCGAGCCCUCCUGGAGCUACAACCUUAAGCCGGGGCAAUGUUUUAAGACAGUGAUGGUGCAAGACAAGAGUAGACUAUGAUUCAGACACAUUCCAGGUUUAAGCUAUCUUAUUUCAGUAGAGAAACUGAUGAGAGCCACCUACUACGACUGUUUCAUGGACUUACGCUCUACAAAGAUGGACAACCAAAGACUUUUGGUGUGUGUCAGUUUGAGUUUAAUCGGCACGGCUAAGAUGUUUUAUAGACAUACAGGUAUUCUUUGAAAAAUCUAUUCUGUUUUAUAAUACACCAGCACACAGAAACGUGAUUGAAGUUUUGGUUGUGACAUGUGUUGAUGAAGCGAAAGUUAAAUGUAGCAAGUGACAUUCGACACUUUUGAAAAUGUAUAUUAUUAUCAUCUUUUUAAUAUGAGUUCAAAUUUCCCAUGUGACAUGUGUUUGAUAACAUUGUUGAAGAACUUUCUUGUGUUUUCUUUUGGAAGACUGCUUGAAUGUAGAGAGGGAAAAGUGCAGCCAAGCAUAACUGUUGAAUUUCAAUUAUUUCAUCUCAGUUUUCUCAAACUCCACACAUUUAGAAUAACAAGGAAAUAUCAAGUAACUCAGUAACUUUCUCAUCUCCCUGCAGUUUUCCUUCUGUGAUUUGAACAUGAAGUGUAUAUGACUGUGUAUUUUCAAUAGAUAAUAGAUAGUCUAAAUCUCAAAUAGCAAUAUUUUGUAUUAAUAUUUAUAUGUUUAUAUGUGUUUGUUCUGUUUAUGUUUUGUUGAUAUAUUUGUGGAGUCAUUUUCUCUUUAAGUUGACGUGUUUGGAGUAUCAUAUUUGACAUGAUUCAUUAACAUUCCCGCUCACAUUUUGGCUCUAAGCACCAAACAAAUUAAUUGUUUGUUUCCUACUGCAAACUGUUAUUGUCCAGCAUUGAUCACAAACUAAUAUCACUGUUUGAUAAUUGAUCAGAUGUUGCAACACGCUUAUCAGUAAUGCAGGCUGCGUUUUGUUAUGUUGGUUCAACAGUAUGUGUUUACGGUCAGUACCAUUGGGAAGAUGUUACCGAGUGUGUUGUGGGUAUUGAAGAAGUUAAUGCAUAUCGGCUUAUAGUUCCUCUCAGUUGACAAAGAAAGUGUAUUUCCUUUUAAAUGAGAAAUGUGGAGGAAAUGGGAAUAUUCAGCCUAAAUAAUGUGUUUGUUUGGAAGAGUAUGACUGCUUCAGAUUAGUUUAUAUUAGCUCAUUUAAACUAACGCAGCUCAUCUACAGGUUUUAGCUAUCAGUUUGUUCUUUCUUUUAUUGAUGUAUGCUGGAUUCUUUCUUCUUAAUUUCAUACAUCUGUGUAUAACUCUCUAAUAGCUUGAGCUUCAUACUGCAUACCACUGUUUUCAGCCACUUUAGCUGUGUUUUACAGGCUCUCCCCUCUUAUCAGAGGCCUUUGUCCCACUUACCUGGUUCAUAAAAGACACUCAUAUCUUCCCUUAUGCAUGGUAUUUACAACUUGUAUGUGGAAGUCAUCCUUGUCUUUCUGUGUUUUGCAAUCUAGGAAAAAAAUCUGUACAAUUAUGUUAAAUAUGAAUAGAAGACACAUUUGGGUACUUCUGAAGCAUGUGGUGAUUUGUAUAGCUGUAAAAAUGUAAUGGCACCCUGACAGAUUUCAUAAUUGGUUUUAUUGCAUAUUUGUACUCAAAUGUUUUUCAGUGAGAAGUGUUUUUAUAUACGUUGUACAUUGAUAGACGAAAUACAAAUAAAAUUGAAACUGGGAAGUCUA